UCUUAAAGACUAUUUCAAUUUAGUUGGCAAUUGCUGGCCAUUGCAAUAUUAACACGGCCAAGUAGCCGACUUGGUGGAACAGUCAUUCCAUAACAGCAGCAGACCAAGCAAACAAAUCAAAUUUACUGCAAGUUUAAGUUGAAAUAGUUAUGACGUCGCCUUGGUCCAAGGGCAGCAAUGAGCCCGUGCAGACGGCCAGUCUGGCGGACAUAAUGUCUGAGCAAUAUGCCCAUAAAUUGCACGACAAGGAGCUGAAACAGCAGCAGCAAAUUGAGAAAAGGAAACAGCAGCAGCAACAACAACAGUCGCCGCCCGUGGCAGCCGCGCCCACUUCGCCCAGCUACUCGGAUGUGGCGAGUACAUCAAGAGACGGCAGUCAGGGGGAGCAAGAGCAGUGGGAGGAUUACAGAAUACUGCUCGAGGAGCAGGCAAAAGCGGAGGAGGAGGAAGCAGAAUCAGAUGCAGUCAUUGCCCAAAUGCUUCAAUCCCAAUUCGAUCACGAAUACAAUGAGGAACUGCGUCGCAUCGAGCGACAGCAGAACAAGCAAUCCAAAGUUACCAUAACACUCAAUAAAUUUCUGCGCAGCGGCGAUGCUGAAUUUUUGCACGACACCGAAGCGGUAUCGGAGGAUGAGGAUGAGUUGGAGCGACAGAAACAUGACUGGGAUCGUUUCGAGACAAAUGAAAAGAUGCUCGAUGCGAUACCCAAAUGUGGCUUCACCAAGCUGGACAAGGAUGGGGAAAUGAUCACCAAACACGAUCCACAAUUGUGCGAGGUGCGAAAUGCACAGCGUGUGAUGUCCUUUCCACCUGAAUUCCCCACGGGAGAUGGCGCCUGCUUUGACAUGAAGCUGUCCAAUAAGGUAUUCAAUCAGCUAAAGGCGUAUUCGCGACGAGGACGCGCCGAUCGCAAAGAGAAAAUGGCCACCGCUGAGAUGGGCGUCGAUGCCGCCACACGUCUGCUGCUCUACAAGCUGAUCAACAAUCAGAUAUUGGAACAGAUCAAUGGCAUUAUAUCCACCGGCAAGGAGGCGGUCAUUUUGCACGCCAAUUCGGAUGCCAACUAUACGGGGAACAACGAGAAUGGACAUGGCAAUGCGCUGCUUGUGGCGCCCGAACUGCUGCCCAAGGAGUGCGCCAUAAAGGUGUUCAAGACGACGCUGAAUGAGUUCAAGCAGCGUGAUCGUUACAUCAAGGAUGACUUUCGGUUUAAGGAUCGUUUCAGCAAACAGAAUAAUCGUACCGUCAUCAAUAUGUGGGCGGAAAAAGAGAUGCAUAAUUUGAUGCGGAUGCAGGCCAUUGGGCUGAAUGUGCCCGAUGUUGUGGUGCUAAAGAAACAUGUACUUGUCAUGCGCUUCAUCGGCGACAAUCACAAUGCGGCGCCCAAGCUUAAGGAUGCCAGGCUCAGCGUUGCCGAGCUGAGCUGCGCCUACGAGGAGAUUGUGGCCGCCAUGCAUAAGAUGUACAACGAGGCCAAGUUGGUGCAUGCCGAUCUCAGUGAAUACAAUAUACUCUGGUUUGAGGGCAAGUGCUGGUUCAUCGAUGUCGCCCAGAGCGUUGAGCCGGAGCAUCCCAGUGCGCUGGAGUUCCUCAUGCGCGAUUGCGCCAACAUUGUCAACUUCUUUGACAAGCGGGGACUGGCCAACAUCUACAGCAAGGAGCAGCUAUUUGAGUUCAUCACUGCCUUAAAUGCGGAGACGCAUAAUGCGGCGAUGCUGGAGCGGAUUCAUACGCGUGGCGCCUCCAUCAAUCAGGCGACGGUGCCCAAUCAGCUCGAGUGUCCCGACGAGCUCAAACCACUCGAAUAUCCUUUUGAGCUCGCCUGGGAGAAGUCCCAAUUAGAUCGCCAACAGGCAAAGCAACUGCAGCUGAAAGAGGAAGAGGAAAAUGGCCAGCAGAAGGACAACAAGGAUGUGGAUAAGAGCCAAACUGCCAAAUGUGUCCAGUGACAACAACAGACGAAGCUAAUCUGUAGUUUAUAAUUAUAUUAGAAAUUUUCUCACAUUGAUAUUUUUUGCGAUUCUGUAAUGGUUUUGGAAUUUUUAAAAUUCAUCCCUAUUAAAACAUUUACAGACUUGAGAACUAAGUAA